GAAGAUUCAACUUCAUUGAUAAUUUUGGUUUUGCCAAGCUGAGAGUAUGGAGGACGCUAGAAAACCAGUGGGACUACCGAAGGCUGCUCAAGAUCUCACGUCAAGGUCGUCUUUUUCUUCUGAAGACGUUCUUAGUCGGAACAGCAGCAGUGAUGAUAUAAAUAUAAUCAUCCACCCUGAACAAGCAGAAUCUUCAAAUUCAAAUGAUAUUUCCACUCACCUGCACAAACAUGCUGAGUUGAGUGAAGGGUCAUCAGUCAGUGCAUCCACUGAAAAUUUACCCCCCCUUGUCUCUGACACUGAAGAAGGAAAUGAGUCAAGUGAUGCUAGUGAUUCAUCCGAUGAAGAUGAAUUGAAUGAAUCUUUAUCCACAACUAUAAUCCAAGAAAUUCAAGACGGUGUCUAUACUUGUCUCGUGUGUACUUGCGAGAUUGAUAAUAAGUCUACCAUUUGGUCUUGCGAUAACUGUUAUCGUGUCUAUGAUUUGGAUUGUAUCAAAGAUUGGAGUAUUAGAGGAUCUUCUACUGCUAACAAAAAAUGGAGAUGCCCGGCUUGCAACAUUGAGCACAAUAAGAUUCCAAAUAGAUUUACUUGUUGGUGUGGCCGUGUCACCAAUCCAGAUUCGAACUCCUUAAUCCCAUUUAGUUGCGGUAAUACUUGUAACUAUAAGUAUGACGAUUGUAUUCACAGUUGUGCAUCGAUGUGUCAUCCUGGUCAACAUCCGGUUUGUGGGGCUCUUGGUCCAUUAAUGAAAUGUCACUGCGGUAAGUCUGAACGUCAGUUACCAUGUAUGAUCACCCCAUAUGAAUCAGGAUGGAAAUGUCCGCAACCAUGCGAGACAGAAUUAUGUGAUUUAGGCCAUACUUGUUCGAUCAAAGAAUGUCACUCGGGAUUAUGUGGUCAAUGUAAGGAAAGAGUUACUACUAAAUGUUAUUGUGGAAAAAACGAUAAAGAUAUUUAUUGCCAUGAAAGAGAUCCUAAAAUUUGCUAUAAAGAUAACAAGGAAUUUAUUGGAGGAAGCAAAUGCAAUGAUACAGUAAUUUUGUCUUAUGAUUGUGAAGUCCAUUUUGAAGAAUUAUCUUGUCAGCCAUUACCUUCUAAAGCACCCGUCUGUAAAUAUUCACCAGAAGUUGUGAGAACUUGCUACUGUGGAAAGACAAGCGUUGAAGAUGCUUCAAGAACUAAAUGUACUGAUCCUAUGCCUGAAUGUGACAAUGUUUGCGGUAAGACAUUGAAGUGUGGUUGCACAUGUUUGGCUAAAUGUCACCCCGGUGAAUGCAUUUGUUAUAAUAUUAUAGAUACUAAAUGUCAAUGUGGGAAUAAUUCAUUUUUGGUUCCUUGUAAGUUUUUACAAGAUAAACAAUUACCCAGAUGUACCCACAAAUGUCCGGUUCUUUUGAAUUGUCGUCGUCAUUACCAUAGAGAAGUUUGUUGCCCUUCAGAGCAAGCUGCUUUGAAGCGUGAACGUGAAAAGAAGAAGCAAAUCAGAAACAGGACUAGGGCUAACUUCGAUGACGAGUUAAUGUCGAUGGAACCUAUCCAUAUAUGUACCCGUACUUGUAAUAGAUUGAAACUGUGUGGUCAACAUUACUGUGAGGCCUUGUGUCACAACGGUCCAUGUGGAGUUUGCUUAGAAUCUUCAAAUGAAGAUUUAAUCUGUGAUUGUGGUAAAACCGUUAUUCCAGCCCCUGUUAGAUGUGGUACUAAGAUUGAAUGUCACGAACAAUGUACUCGCCCUAAAGAAUGUGGUCAUCCGCAAGAUACCCAUGAAUGUCACGAUGAUCUGAAACCUUGUCCUAAAUGUACCAAGCUUGUUACCAAAUCAUGCAAUUGUGGAUUAAGAAAGGAAAUUCCAAACGUUAUUUGUUCGCAAACAAACGUCUCUUGCGGAAAGAUUUGCACUGUUAAUAAGGCCUGCGGUCACCAAUGUUCAAGAGUUUGCUCUCAACAAUGUGUUGAAGGUGUUCACGCUCCCGUUGAGUCUUGUCAAGCAAUUUGUCAUAAGGUGAGAUCUACUUGUCCUCAUUUUUGUAAAUUGAAAUGUCAUAUCCUGAAAAAGGGAACUUGUGAUAAUGUUCAAUGUAAAGAACAAGUGACACUCAAAUGUGAAUGCGGCCGCAGAUCAAAGAAGACCGUAUGUGGAAGUUCAAUCAAUGAUUCUACAUGUAUUGGUAAUAUUUUAGACUGCGAUGAAUUAUGCUCACAAGCUAAAAGAGAUGCUGAAUUGAAAGCUGCUUUUGGAGUUCAGGAAACCAAUGAGAACCCUUAUCCAGAAGCAGUAACUAAAGUAUACGAAAGACAAAGAGCAUGGUGUAGUAAGAUUGAACUGGCCAUGCUGGAUUUUAUUAGUGACUAUGAAGAUGAAGUUGCUAGUGGCAUCCCAAAUCCAAAGAAACUGUUACAUUUUGGUAAAAUGAACAAACCUCAAAGAGCAUUUGUACAUGCUUUAGCUGAGACAUAUAAAUUAUAUUCGGAGUCACAAGAUCCAGAACCUAAUAGAUCGGUUUUUAUCGUGAUAACAAAAUCAACAACGAAACCUGGUAUUAAAAUUGAACCUGCAAUUCUAAAGGAUGAAGAAUUUAGACAAAAACAAGUUCGAGAAAAAGAAUUGCAACAAUUGGCUGCUGAUGAUGCUUACUUCAAUGCCAUAGUGAUCCAAGAUGUUUUCUUUGGCAUUGUCAAGGAAGACAUUGAAAAGGCAGUUGAUUCAAUCAUGUCCAGCUUUAAGCACAAGGAUGCGAUUUCAAUGCCAACUUUACAGUGGAUGACAGAAUCUACUUAUAUCUUAUACGAUAAAGCUUCUUACAAAGAAAUGAAUCUUGAUCGCGAGAAUAUCUUAUACAUGCUAAUGAAGUCUAGUAAACAGAAAUUACGUGACCAAUUAAUAGCUUUUGACUGUAAGUUAUGCAUGGUUGAUGAAGCCGCCAACACAAUUUUGAAAAUUGAUGAAAAUAGUGUUGUUCCUCAGCGAAAUGAAGUCAUUAAAGAGAAGCAAAGUUUAAAUUCUUUCGAUGCUUUAGCUAUCGAAUAGACUAUAUAUUUAUUGGUUAUAGAAUUGCAGCA